AUGUCAGACUGCUGGCUAAAAACUCCCCUGUUCCUUCUUCUGCUUUGGGCCGAGGUCGCGGUGCCUCAUUGCGUUUACCCCGCUACCCCGUCUGAAAAUCAGCCAUAUAGGGCUCCUUUUGUGGUAGUCUACUGGCUCUUUGAGGCGCGCGCGGCGAGUCGUGCGCUCGGGUCUGCUUCUGGUCGGGCGGCGAGCUACCCUUUCUCGCCGUUUGCAGACCCGCGCUUACGGUGGCCGGAGAUCGUCUCACGAUCCUCGACACCCGGAGUGUCGCCUGCUGCGGCGGCUGGUGUGUUAGGGGGAGGAUUGUUCCCUCAUGCGGUCCGCCUUCCUCUUUGCGAACACAACUGCUUCAUAGAUAUCCUCUCGCUCCGCACCAUGGCCUAA